AUGUUACUUGGCUUUCAGAACCACAGCGAGUUUUCGUCGAUUAUCGGAAUUUGGGCGUGGCCAGCCUACAAAAGAACUCCAAUGGAAGUUAUUCAGCGAAUUAAUGAAAUGUUGAGCCUGCUGAAAAAGACAUCUCUCUUCUUCUCGUCACGCUUCCUUCUCGCUUUUGACUUGGUCGUCGAAAUGUGGUCGCUGGACUGGGAAAUGGACCAUGACAGCCUCAUAAGUGCAGGUGGAGCACUGCAAAAGCUACGGAUGUAUCCGUAUUUCGACAUUGCUCACUAUUUACUGGCUUCCAUCGUGUGGUAUUCUGUUUUCUACUCACCCUUCGAUUUAGUUCACAAAGUGGUCAGCAUCAAGCUAGUAGGAGUAUUAGUAUGCGUUGUCAAAGAAGUGCAACGAGCUCAUAAGAUAUCUCAUGGUGUCGCAUAUGCAACGAAGUUGUAUUCGGAAUCCUAUAUGGUUCAAGUCUUGGUAGGAGUUUCGAAAGGUUGUGGGUCAGGAAUUGUGAAGAUUGUUGAACAGGUUGUAAGAGGUUCUUGGGUUCCUUCUCAACAUGAAAUGUUGCGUCCAUCAUUUACGACGAAGGCAUGUGUAGUAGCUUCGUUAGUGUUUACACUGGAAAGAAAUAGUAUGUAUGUUACGGCUCCUCACGAUCUCGUUUACUUGUGUGUUGUUGCAUUUUUCAUCUAUUUCAAACUCUCCGCUCUCCUGCUUGGAGUAACGGAUCCUUUUGCUCCAAUUGAAAAUCUUUUCUGCGCCGUAUUCAUGGGAGGAAUUUAUGAUGCGCUUUACAAAGCUGUGGAUGCGACCAGAGAAGAGGCGAAUUCAGGAAAGAAGAAACUUGAUGACGAUCUUGUCGAUGAUAAGAAGUGGAAGAAGAACGAUAAAAAGACCAAAUAA